GAGAGGUUAUGUUUAUAUUAAAGCAUUGUUGCCAGAUUUAUUUUCACUAUGGUUUGUACCAUGUUUGUACUUAAACUAGAUUGUGAAUAAAUAGUGUAGUUGGUAGUCAUGAAACUAAUAUGGUGGUUGAGAACGCGUGCUAAGUGUGGGUAGUUCGACUGAUAACAGAAAAGUAUAUUUUUCUCAUUUUAAAUAAAUAAAUAAAUUAAUACGAAAAAACAUUCUGCAUUACAUAUAAAUUUUAUGUAAUACGCAUUCUGAAAAUAUGGCAGAAUCAGUUGGACCAAUACUUCAUGUAAUUGUCGUUGGAUUUCAUCAUAAAAAAGGAUGUCAAGUAGAGUAUUCAUUUCCUCCUUUGGUGUCUGGAGCUCCGAAUGAAUGUCCAUUAGGUUGGAAAUAUUUACCAACCCUUGCUUUACCAGAUGGAUCUCAUAAUUAUGACGAAGAUACAGUUUACUUUCAUUUACCUAGUUUGAAUAAUCCAAAACGUACAAUAUAUGGUAUUUCAUGUUUUAGACAAAUUCCUGUUGAGAAAUUAAAAAAUCGUACAUCUGAUAUAACAAGAGGUACAGUUCAAAAAUCUGUGUGUGUAUUAAGCACUUUACCAUUAUACGGUCAUAUUCAAGUAAAAAUGGCACUGAUAACACAUGCAUAUUUUGAAGAAGGUGACUUUAGUAAAGUAUCAUUAUUGGAAGAUACUUUUCAUCACCUUAAUUCUUGUAUGAGUUGUGAGAGUCAAAUACCACCACAAAUCUUUGUUGGAUUAUCUGCAAGAGAUUUUAUAUUGCAGUUUCGCCAUAAAGUUCUUUUAUUGUUUAAACUACUUCUACUAGAAAAAAAAAUAGUUUUUUAUCAAUCACCAGUUCAACCAUUAUGUGCUACAAUAUUAACAUUACUCUCAUUGUAUCCUGGCAUGAUAGAACAUGGCUUACAACAAGCUGCAUGUGUCAGACCAUCCAGACCCAUGUCUCCUAUUCCUACAUUUGAUGAGGAAGAAAUAUCAAUAAAUAGCAUUGAUAACAAUCUAUCUUCUACAAAUUGUGUCAAAGAAAGCAUAUCUGAUAGAAUGGCAGUGCAUAUUAACGGUAAUUCAGAUAGGAAUUCAUUAUGCAUAAACGAUAAUAAAGAUAUUGAAACUAUGGAAGGAAAAUGUAUGGAUGAAUUUAAAAAUAUAACAGUACAAAAAAAUAAUAAUGAAAAUGAAAAUUUAAAUAUGAAAGUUAUUGAAGUUGAAUCAGCACAAGAAUGUACCAAAUCUUAUGCAGAAGAAAAUAAUUCUAUAUAUUCUUCAAAGCCAAAUGACAAUAUACACAGGGUACAGAGUAUACAUACAAUUACAUUAAGUACAACAGACACUGAUAAUACACUGCCACGUGAUACAAGUAACGAUGCACUUUCGGACGCACGUUUGACAAAUAAUAUUACUCAAAUUGCUCAUAUAAAUCCGGAACUGUGCGGUUUACCCUUAAACAUAUUUACAAAGGGUUAUCUAUGUUUGCCAUACCUGUCUUUACCAUAUUUAGAUCUUUUGGCAGAUAUUAAUGUCAGAGGAUAUAUAGUGGGUGCAACAAAUGUUUUAUUUAAACAAAAAAAACAACUUAUUGAUGUAUUAGUAGAGGUUGAAAAUACGAGGAUAGAAACAAGCGAUCCAGAAUUAAGAAGGCAAUUACAUCUUACAACCGAGGAUCUGAGAUUUGCGGAUUACAUAGUCAGACAUGUAGCAGAGCCACGCAAAGAUAUAUUUUUGGAUGGUGUAGGAUGGGAAGGUGGAGACGAAUGGAUUAGAACUCAGUUUCGAGUUUACUUAUUGAGCAUGUUGAGAACAUCUAUGCAGCAAGAUACUCGUCAGUCUGAUCAUUACAAUUCUGCAUUUAUAGCUGCUUGGCGCUCGACGAAUAACUAUAAGAUAUGGAGUAAUUCUAAUAAACCAGAAAUUAAUAAUAUAGAACCAGGUCAUCCAUUUGCGGGACAAUUAUCAGUGCAAGAUAUGAAAUUACGAUUAUCACAUACAAUGCAAAAUACAGAAAGUGGUAGAAAAUUAAAUCAAGCAAUGGCAUCAACUGGAAGAGCGGUUGCAACAACUGGGAAAGCAGUAGGUGGUGCACUGUCACAAGCUAAAGGAGCUUUCUCUAACUGGUGGAGUACAUUAACGACAGUUCAACCAGUAGAGGAAGGAAAGGCUGCUGACAAUCAAACCUCAACCAUACAUCAAACACUUUCAAAUAUAACUAAUAAAACUGCUGUUGAAAACGAAGAGAUUAAUGUAUCUACUAAUAAUACAAAUUUCGGGAUGGUUGCGGAUUAAUACGAAACGAUAUACAAAUUCCAGUUAUUUGUUAAAAUGAUUAUGAAGCUAACAUUUCUUUCGAAACGCAUAAGGAGUCAUCUCGAAGUGACUAUUAAAAAUUACUAGGAAGAGUUUGUAUUUUCUCUAACAGAAGUCAUCCACAUUUAGUAGACAUAGAGAAAUAGUGAAAAUAGACAAAUUCGGUAAUAAAAUUUGAGAAAGGCCUUUGUUUCUUAAUAAUAUAUAGAAAAUUAUUACAUUUUCAUUAACUUCACUCGUUAAACACUCAUCCACAGCUGAAAAAAAAGUUAAUACACGUGAAUUAACUUCGAAAAUAUAAAACUCGUACACGUAAGAAUUUUGUAGUUCACUUCGGGAUGACCCUUUGCUAGAUGAAAAAGUCUGAGAUCGGAGCCUCCAUAUCUAAUAGACAGGAGUAACAUGAGGAAUCAUCGAGGGUGCCUUAGCGGAGUUGUAUAGGUUGCAGUUGGCUAGCCGACAAAGUACGAAUGAGGCGGAUUCGAUUUUUGCUGUCAGGACUCUCAUUUUUUCUCGACUCCUACAAGAGUGAUAGUACAUCUACUAUCUCUAAAUAAAUAUGGUAGAAUAAAAGUAAUUUAUUCAUACUAUGCAGAUAGCAUGUAUGUAAAACAGAGAAGUUAGCUACUUCUCAGAAAUAGAUCAUGUAAGAAAAAGUAUAAAUCACAAACCAGAUAGUAUAAGUACUUGUAAUAAAAUUUUGAAUAAUAGAAUGUAUCAAUGUGAUAAAUGUGCUGAAGAAAGGUAUAAUGUAUAUUUUUAUGUUAAUAUUUCGUUUUAUUAGCUCGUUAAUUAUUUUCUUCCCGUGAUUGUUGUGAUCUUUCUAAUCGAGUAAUAGUAACCUUAUUAAAUAAAUAUAAAUUAUUUUGCAACAAUAUUUAUUUUUA